CUUGAACUUUCCCCUCCUGGCUCGAAAUAUGUGAAAAAUCCUGUCGAUCUUCUUUCUUCCCUCCAGCCAGCCGUGUUCAUUCUUCCUUCGUCAACACGUUCCUCACGGUCAUCUCACAAGGUGAAAUUCUUUGUCAAACUUCAUCGGCGCUCGUUUCGUCGAAAAGAACAUUCGAAAUGGAGCAGCAUGAAUUGACGUCACAUGCUGGCAAAUAUACCCAGUCUUCUAUCGAUGAAGCACCAUCGGGAGGCGGGGAGAAUCAAACUCCCACAACCGAAGCAAGCCACGUCAAACAGAAAGAAAUUGCUGAUCAGACACAAAUUAAGCGACUGUUCAAUUUUACUCAAAUCUUUUUCUUUUCCCUUACGUUCAUGUCAAGCUGGGAGAGCCAGGCGUUGAAUUUGAAUGCUGUGCUCACGAACGGUGGUCCGGAGGCCCUAGCCUGGGGUGUGGUGGUCGUAAUCUUUGGCGCCAUGGCUCAGUCCGCUUCUUUAGCAGAAAUGGCCUCGAUGCAGCCCAUUGCAGGAGCGCAAUAUCACUGGACGCAUCACCUUGCGCCUCCUAAUCAGAGGAGAUUCAUCACCUGGAUGCAGGGAUGGAUUACAUGGUUUGCUUGGGUAUCGUUGCUGGCCGGCGUCGCUAACACGACGGCUACGAUGAUCCAAGGACUGGCUAUUGUCAAUUAUGAAGACUACGAGCCCAAACGUUGGCACUUGACGCUCAUCAUGUUUGCCAUGCUAGUGGUGGAGGCCCUCAUGAAUAUGUACACAUUCUGGCUGAUUCCUUGGAUUGAGCUCCUGGCUGGGGUACUUCACAUCAUCAUGUUCAUUAUCUUCCUAGUUGUUUUUGCGGCAUUGGCCCCACGGCAUACGGCUGAUUACGUGUUUUUGACAACGGAGUCUUCUUCCGGUUGGACUAACGGUUUUAUUUCGUGGAAUAUUGGCUUAUUGACGCCGACUUGGGGUUUCGUCGGAUUCGACGGCGCCGUGCACAUGAGCGAGGAGGUCCGUCGCGCGCGGCAGGCUGUUCCGCGGUCCAUGUUCUGGACGGUAGCAACUAACGCGGUGUUGGCGUAUUCCAUCGUCAUUUGCAUCCUCUUCACUAUGGGUCCAAUUGACGCUGCCGUAGAGGCUAGUUUUCCUAUCAUCGAAAUUUGCCAACACGCCACGGGAUCUGUCAAGGCCUCCACUGCAAUGGUUUGUGGUCUUCUGGUCAUCUCAUUAUCAGUCAAUCUAGCCAGUAUUGCAUCUGUAUCUCGGUUGACUUGGGCCUGGGCUCGUGACGGUGCCCUGCCUCGAUGGUUUUCAUAUGUGGGCGUCUCAAACCUAGUACCCUUUUAUGAUCUACUGACAUAAGACAGGUUGAUCAUAGACACAACGUGCCCAUUCGUGCUGUCUGGCUUCCGGUCGUAAUUGUCAUGAUCCUAGCCUGCCUCAACAUUCCCAGUUCCGCGGCCUUCGGGGCCUUCGUGGCACUUUCCUCAAUCGGCCUCUUCGUUUCGUACUUCAUCGCCAUCGGCUGCAUGGUGCUCAACCGGUUUCGCGGAGAUAGUGUCCCGUUGGGUGAUUGGAAUAUGGGCCGGUGGGGUCUACCGGUAAACAUAUUUGCUUUGCUAUACACAGCCUAUGUGACGGUCUGGCUCUGCUUUCCUUCUUAUCGCCCUGUGACGGGUGAGAACAUGAACUAUGCUCUUCCCAUUUUCGCAGGGACGACGUUGUUCUCGUUUCUGUAUUGGUUCCUGCGAGGCCGAACUCACUGGCCAGGGCUGAACAGGGAUAUUGUUCGCUUGGUGGUUGAGGCUGGGGAAUUGCAAUUGAAGUAAAUUAACUGGACCCUGCAUUGGGAUUCAUGGCCUAUGAAAGAUAUAACGGGCUUUGAAAAGUUCGAGAAUUCAUCGAUCUAAACUGAAUCUAUCACUACCAGAUCACAUUUUGGGACAGGAAAUUACUUAUCUUCGGCCUUUUGCUGCUGAUUCUCAA